AUGACUUCAACAAAAGAACAACUUGCCCUGGCCGAUAAGCUCUUUCCAUGGAGACCCUCUCAAGGACCAAAAGCGGUCUUUCCCACCUUCGACCCAUCACAUCGCCAGCUCAAGGACACCGACUACGGCAUGGACAUUGAGUACAACCAUGACGUCCCUAUGAGGGACGGCGUGAAGCUGCGUGCCGACAUCUUCCGUCCGCUGGAUCCAGCCAUCACUCAGAUUCCAGUCGUCCUAGCUGUAACCCCAUACGGCAAGCAAAGUCCGUCCGAUGUCACCCAGAUACCACCGAGCAAGGACUUCGAUCCUGGGUUUGACGGUGUCCGUUUUUCCAAGCACAACGUUUUUGAGGGAAGCGACCCGGUCUUCUGGGUCAAGCACGGCUUCUCAUAUGUAGCUGUUGAUGCCAGAGGAAGCUUCGCCUCCGAGGGGGAGAAAGCAUCAUUUGCCGCUCGGUCUGACGGUAUAGAUGCUUAUGAUGUUAUUGAAUAUCUGGGCACACGGCCUUGGUGCAAUGGACAUGUGGGCAUGAUUGGAGCAAGUGCGUUGGGGGCUAUUCAAUGGCAAGCGGCGGCCCUCCGACCACCUCACCUCUAUGCAAUCAUAGUCCAGGAUGGGUGGACAUGUUUGUACAGAGAGCUGGCUUGGAAAGGUGGUAUCAUACAUCCGAACUUCAUGCAGGCUCUCAAUGACAAAUGGAUGUCUCAUGGCAACCGCGUCGGUACCCCAGUCAUCGACCUUAGGCGAGCCUCGGAAGAACACCCUUACAUUGACGAUUUCUGGCGGCAGUUCCAGCCCGCUGUCCAGAACAUCACAUGCGCGGUGUACGCCAUCUCCAGUUUGGCCGACAAUGGGAUUCAUACACCUGGCACCAUCCGUGGAUAUCUGGGCGCUUCAUCUAAGAUCAAGUAUCUUGAACUCCAUCCAUAUCGCAAAUGGGAGUGGCAACUCACUAUGGAAUCAUUGGAGCGCCAAUUGGCCUUCUUCAAUGCUUAUCUCAACGGCCCCGACGGCCACUUAGCGGCUUCGGUUCAAUUCUGGCCUAGAGUGAGACUCAAUGUGACCGAAAAACACAAUGCUGGGACAUGGCGCAGUGAGAACGAAUACCCCAUCGCCAGGACUGUCCGAGCCAAAUACUACCUAGGUGCGGGCGGACAGCUCUCAUCGGCUCCUUUCCAUACCUCUGACGCGACUCCCGCCUCCGUCUCUUAUGUUGCUAAUAGAGGCUCCGUCUUUUGGCAAACAAAGUUCUCCGAGCCGACUGAAAUCACGGGAACUUCUCGUCUCCAUCUCAAGUUGGCAACCACCUCCACCGAUGCGGAUAUAUUUGUCACGUUACAAAAGCUUGAUCGGGACGGGAACAUCGUUUACUUUCCCUACCACACAUUCAUUAACGAUGGCCAUGUCGCAUGGGGGUGGCUACGCGGCUCAAAAAGAAAGCAGGCUCCUAAACAGUCCACGCUUGGUGACGAAGUCGACCACACAUACCUAGAGGCGGAUGCCGAGUUCUUACAGCCCGGAGUCCCUGUCCAAAUGGAUAUUGGCAUUCAGCCAAGUUCGACUCUAUUCAGAAAGGGCGAAUCUCUGAGACUCGUGGUUCAGGGGCGAGAUUUUGGUGAGUACAGUCCCGCCUGUGACAUCCCUCGGGCGGGAUCAGGUAUCAAUGGCGCGGAUACCCAUUUGGUAUUCCUGGAUGGAAGCUAUUUAGAAGUGCCAUUAGUACCAAGUAGCUAG